GGUGCACAGGUGGGAUAGAGUUUAGGUCGGCAGUAGUUUCGCGCCCAGCGGAAGUGCGCGGGACGGGGAUGGCGGAGGUUCUGGAGGCUCCGCGGCCGAGGAUCAACGCGGGGCUGGUGGCGGACUUCACGGGCAGGGCCGUGUGUCUGGUGGGCCGUAUGCAGAAGAUUCACCCCACUGGGACCUCAUUUAUUGUAUCAGAUGGAGAUGGGAAGAAUGUAACAGUGGAAAUGACUGAUCCACUUGAAGAAGAGUUGAGUGGAGUAAUUGAAGUGGUUGGAAAGGUCACACAGAAAGCCACUAUCAAAGCUGCGUACUACACUCCUUUCCGAGAAGAUAAGAACAGUUUUGAUCUUGGUCUUUACAAUGAAGCAGUGUGCAUUUUGCAUGAAUUCUCACAAUAUUAUCCAUUUGGUGUUACAAGUAACAGCUGAGAUGAGAAGAGAUUGUUACUAUACAAAACUUUAUUGAUUAAUUCUCCAUUAUUGGAUUUGAAUUUCAAAAUUGAUUCUUUUUUAAAUGAAAAAGGUGUAAUGUUGAAGUUUUUUUUAAAUUAAAGUGUUGCAAAGCUG